AUGAUGCGUCAGUCGUCCAGUGAAGGCAGCCAACCGCCGCCUGAUUCGCAGAACCCAGACUUCUUGGGAAAUGGACGACACAAGCAAGGUUCGCCGCCACUGGCGCCUCGACAUGACAACGCGCAACACAGGGGGACGGCAGGCAGCGACUCUGGGGCUCAUCACGGAUCACAACAGCAAAAACCGUCGUUGCCAUUGGCGGGAGACUCCAAGCACUCCCACCGGCACAGUUCAAGUUCGGCCAGCCAUGUCAAGAGACCACUUCAUGACUUCCACCGACCAGUAUAUAAGAAACAGAGGUCCCAGAAAUCGCCAUCGGAAUCUGCCGCGUCCGACGUUGGUGUUUUCUCCCCUGUUGCCUCUCCAGCCUCAUCCCCACCAAACACCGACACUCUGCUUUCGGCAUCCUAUCCUACCAUUGACUCAGCCGCAUCGACUCCCGCGUCUACCUCCUCUGGACCGCCUGCGGCCUACGCACCGUCUGCAGCGUCUACCGUUGUUCCCGCAGAAUCGGCACAUCCUAGGCACCCGGAGAUGCAGACGCCAGAAGGGCCAUUCAAGCCGCAACAGCCACCACCACACGACCUUGCAGGCGGCAACCCUGCCCUCCUCACACCAGCUCCACCAACUAACACCAUCCAUCCGGAGCAUGGCCAGGAGCAAGGCAUUGUCGAGAACAAGAACCUCGGCCUGCACCACCAGCAACUACACCACCCGCCCAGCCAGCCUGGGCACAGCACCGCAACUACUGUUAUUGGUCCCCAUGGAUCAAACCAUGCUUUCUCGCCAGCCAGCCACAACUAUGAGCCAGGCCACAUCCCACAGACGUCUUCUGUCAACUCCUCUUCAACGUUUAUACCGAUUAAUAACGCAACGACACAAUCUCAACAAACCGAAUCUCCCACAACCUUAAAUAAUUCAGAAAGCCAAAACCAUGCAACCCCGCAUCCCCCCCAGCAAACCGCUGUUUCUUCACAAACAUCAUCCGCUGCACCGCCCGCUCAAUCUCCGCAAAAGGCCGCACAACCUACCAUCAAUCCAAAAUACCAUCCGAACGUCUCGAGCCGUGGAAGUGCGCCUGGUGGACCCGGUUGGGCAAGGGAACCAAGGGGUGGUGGCGCCGGCAUACUUGCUGCGCCAUCCCCGAACAAGCCCUUUGGGGCACCUGCUGCCCGUCCACCACAGCCACAUCAGCGAGCUGGCUCGUUAUCCUCCAACCCCCCGCAUCCACAGCAUGGCAGCAAGGCGGCGCCACAAUCGAGAUAUCCAAAUAUAGAGUUACAACCAAAGACACGGCCCAUUACGCUCACGCAACUGGUCAACGAAGUGAAGGGGAUUUAUGUCGGGCUUGCCAUGGUUGAGUCCAAGUGCAUUGAGAUCGAUAGCGAGUCCAGCGCCAUAGAUCUUCAAGUCAAACUGGAUGAUGGCCAGUGGCAGGCUCUAUUGAAUUUGCACAGGACGCUCUUGCACGAGCAUCAUGACUUUAUGCUUGCAUCUCAGCACCCCUCGGCCUCGCCUGCACUCCGCCGUGUUGCUCAAAAGUACGCGAUCCCAGCCCGUAUGUGGCGUCAUGGUAUCCACAGCUUCCUCGAAUUACUACGCCACCGUCUUCCUGAAUCUCGCGAGCACAUGAUUACGUUUAUUUAUAUGGCAUACUCGAUCAUUGCGCUCUUGUAUGAGACGGUCCGCACGUUCGAGGAUACCUGGGUCGAGUGUCUAGGCGAUUUGUCGCGUUAUAGGAUGGCAAUCGAGGACGAUAACCAGCGGGUGCGUGACACCUGGACGAACGUGUCGCGGCGUUGGUACACUCUGGCUUCGGACCGUGCUCCAGCGACUGGCAGACUCCACCAUCACCUUGCCAUUUUGGCGAGACCGUAUGUUGUGACGCAGCUCUACUUUUAUGUCAAAAGUCUCUGUACACCUAUCCCCUUCACCUCUACCCGCGAGUCGAUUAUGACACUCUUGGACCCCGUCUUAAACAACGCCACCCAACAUGUCCCGCCUAUUGAGCUGGCGUUUAUCAAGGCCCAUGCGAUUUUAUUUAAAAAUGGUAUGAAGACGACGCCUGACUUCCGGCCCACUGUCGGUGACUUUGUCGCCGGACUUGAUGAUCAUAUUGCGUUAUCGUCUCGGGCCUGGGUCGAAACCGGCGUGUAUAUGGCCAUUGUGAACAGUUGCUCGUUGCUUUCUUACGGCGGAGACGACAAUGUUCUCAUGCGUAUUUUACACGAUGACAUGUAUCGCAGUGCCAUGGCAGGUGCUCCAACAGACGCCCCAGUCGAUGUACCGAUGGGCAAUGUACAGCAACCCGAGAAAAGUAUUGAUGAGCGAAUGGCUGUUGAUCCUGAGAUCGUGCAGGCUCUCGAGCCAGCCCAGAAUCUUGUGGCUGACAUUGACCGCGUUGUUUUGGCCCGCGUUGGUGAUGCGAACUGCCACGGCUACAUCCACGCGCGCCUUGUGUGGAUGCUAUGCUUCGCGCGCGUCCCUGAGGGCAUGGCGUACCUCGAAAAGACAUUCCCUUGGGAGCCGCUUGUAGUGACUCUCAAUAAUAUGCUCCUGACCAGUCCGCGGUACGACAGGAUCGAGCGGGAAGUGUUUAUGGAGCCACAAGUCGAUCGCAAAGCCGAGGAGGAGAGGCGGAUUCAGGAGAUUCAAUUCAAGCAACAGCAACAGCAGCAAGCCGCCGCGGCAAACGGCGACAACAGCCCCUUUGUCCCAACCGAGCCUGUCAACACCAACGUCACGUUUGAGCCCCCGCCGCCAGUCCGCAGUGAUGCUGACAAGCCGCUGCCUGACGACUGGUACCUGCGUGGUCUGUUGUGGUCCGAAUACAACUACCCGCAAGGCUGGUUCGCGAACAUGGAUUCCGCUGAUGAGGACGAGCGGCUGAUGGAGUCGUCCUCAACGCGCCUGACCCGAAAGGAGCGCGUUCUGUGGAUGGCCUGCCAGCUCGCAACGUUCAAUAGGUGGAUUUCGUACGACGCGACGGCUCACAAAUUUUCCGUGAUGGACGAGUUUCGCGAUCCACUCGAGGAUGAACCGGCCCAAGACGAUCUGGAUUUGGACACGGCCUCUCCGGUGGCGGGUGAUGCUAGCAUGGAGGAUGACGUGGAAACCGAUGCGCCCAAGGACAAGGGAAAAGGCAAGGUUCUGCCAGGGACUGUUCUUGAGGAUGAUGACAAUAGUGAUACGGCCGACUUUGACAACGACAAUGACGUUACGGACGACGUGAAUUUCUCGGACAUGGAAGGUAUGGCACGGGCCAAAGUGACACGCUUCGGCGAAGAACCCGACGACCCACCCUAA